AUGUCAUUGUCAAGGCAGAGCUCAGAGGAGAGGAAGGUGCUGGGAGCAUCGGAGCGGUGUGGGGUCAGAGCCAUGGAGACGGACACCACCACUGUCCCCACUACCAUCACCCUCCUGGCCUCCGUCAAGGAGCAGGAGCUGCAGUUUGAAAGGCUGACCCGGGAGUUGGAGGCAGAGCGUCAAAUUGUUGCCAAUCAGCUUGAGAGAUGCAGGCUGGGGGCGGAGUCACCGGGAGCUGCCAGCAUCAGCUCAUCAGAGCAGUCAUUUCCCUGGAGGUCAGCAGAUGUGCAGGCCGUGGGAGAGACGCGGCCCCAGGGAGGGGAGGGGACCUCCAACUCGCCCUCGUUUGGGGCUAGAGGGGAACAGGACCGCCUCUCUCUCUACUCACCCGAGUUGGAGCAGGUGUCUCUGCAUGAACGUGAGGGGUCAGUGGCAAACUCACGCAGUUCGACACAAAUGAACUCGUACUCUGACAGUGGCUACCAGGAAGUCAGUGGUUACUAUAGCAACAGUGCCACCCCGGGUCGCUUGGAAGGAAGGUCACAGUCAACGAGCUCCGCCCCCAGUGGAAGCUCCACACUUGGCAAACAGGGGGCGGGGGUAAUGCGCCGUGUCAACUCGGUGCCAUCCCGUGCACAGUCUCCGCUCCAGGGUGCCAGCUCAUCUUCGCCCACACACCCGCCGCCGCCGCUACGCACCUCCUUGGGCGGCAGCCCCUUCUCUUCGCCCAUCGUCUGUGAGCCCAAGCCCCUCGCCAGCAUCUUCCCUGGCACUACGCUUCCCCCCACCUCGUCCCACACGCCUGACCCGCUGCAACGCCGCGCCUCGGUCUCUGGUUCGGACUCUGGGGCCUCCACACCAACCCUGCGACGCGCAAACAUGUCUGCCCAGCCACAGCACUACGGGAGCCUCGCACGACAAGAGCCCGUCCUGGGGUACGACCCUGAGCUAGGUUAUGUCUACGAUGCUUACGAGAGGAUGACACUUCCAAGACCUGACAGCCUUACAGGGUUGCGGAGCUCGUAUGCCAGUCAGCACAGCCACCUGGGUCAGCAGGGCCGGGACAACUUGACCCCGGAGAGCCACAUCACGCCCAUCUAUGAGGACCGCACCUUUGCACGCCAGCUGUACUACAGCCCCACACACGCAGGCUCCCAGAGCGCCCUCGGACGCUCCAGCACAGGACUAGGCACUCUGCAGCGCACCACCAGCCAAUGCAGUGCCCUGACUUACCAGAGGGGUGGCGGCGGCUACACCCUGAACUCCUCCACCCUGCCCUCUGACCCCUACCGCUCUGCCCAGUACCGCCCGGCCGAGGCCCUCUACGCUCGACACGCCAUCACCGUGGACAACGGGCUGGCCCGCUCCCCAUCCAUAGACAGCAUCCAGAAAGACCCCAGGGAGUUUGCGUGGAGAGACCCUGAGAUCCCUGAAGUGAUCCGGAUGCUUCAGCACAGCUUCCCCUCAGUACAGGCCAACGCUGCUGCCUACCUACAACACCUGUGCUAUGGAGAAAAUAGGAUCAAAUCAGAGGUGUGUCGGCUGGGUGGGGUGCAGCAGUUGGUGGACCUCCUGGAUCACCGGGUGGUGGAGGUCCAGAAGAGUGCCUGUGGAGCGCUGCGGAAUCUGGUGUUUGGGAAGGCCACCGACGACAACAAAGUGUCUGUCCGUAACGCUGGUGGAAUCCCAGCACUGCUUAGGCUCUUAAGGAAAACCAACGACGGGGAAGUCAGAGAGCUGGUCACAGGGGUGUUGUGGAACUUGUCGUCAUGUGACGCCGUGAAGAUGACGAUUGUGAGGGAUGCGUUGAGCGUACUCACCAACACGGUGAUCAUCCCACACUCCGGCUGGGGCGCCGCCCCACAGCGGGAGGAUCACAAGCUCAAGCUGCACACCUCGCUGGUGCUGAGAAACACCACCGGCUGCCUCAGGAACCUGAGCUCUGCUGGGGAGGAGGCCCGUAGGCAGAUGCGUUCCUGUGAGGGGCUGAUUGACUCCCUGCUCUAUGUCAUCAAGACCUGUGUCAAUACCUCAGAUUAUGAUAGCAAGGUGGUGGAGAACUGCGUGUGCACCCUGAGGAACCUGUCCUACCGCCUGGAGCUGGAGAUGACCCCGUCGCGGCUGAUGGGCCUCCAGGAGCUGGACGCUCUGCUGGGCUGCGACUCCCCCAGCAAGCAGGCGGACUACAGCUGCUGGGGCCUCCGACGCAAGAAGAAGAGGAAGAGCUGGCAAGACGAGCAGUGGGAUGGCGUGGGUCCUGUCCCGGGCUUCUCUGGGAGCCUGAAGGGAGCUGAGAUGCUGUGGCACCCCUCGGUGGUGAAGCCUUACCUGACCCUGCUGGCGGAGAGUUCAAACCCUGCCACCUUGGAGGGAGCCGCCGGCUCACUGCAGAACCUGUCAGCUGGGACCUGGAAGUUUGCAGCAUAUAUCCGUGCGGCGGUGCGUAAGGAGAAGGGCCUUCCCAUUCUAGUGGAGCUGCUGAGGAUGGACAACGACCGCGUGGUCUGUUCUGUCGCUACAGCCCUUCGCAAUAUGGCCCUUGACAACCGCAACAAGGAGCUAAUUGGGAAGUACGCCAUGAGAGACCUGGUGACCCGUCUCCCUGGUAACGGGCCAUCGCUGCUGUCAGAUGAGACGGUGGCAGCAGUGUGCUGCGCCCUGCAUGAGGUCACCAGCCGCAACAUGGAGAACGCCCGAGCGCUGGCACAGACGGGAGGAAUCGACAAGCUAGUCACCAUCAGCCGGGGCCGCGGAGAGAGGUACUCCAUGAAGGUGGUGAAGGCCGCUGCACAGGUGUUAAACACUCUUUGGCAGUACAGAGAUCUGCGCUCCAUUUAUAAAAAGGAUGGCUGGAACCAGACUCAUUUCAUAACACCCGUGUCCACACUAGAACGAGAUCGGUACCGCUCGCAGCCUACACUGCCUACCAGCACCCUGCAAAUGUCUCCUGUACUGCAGACAGGCGGGAGUGCCACGUCGUCUCCGGCCAUGCUGGGCAUAAGAGGCCAGCGUCUCAGCCAGCAGAGGGCUCAGUCUUCUAUGCAACUCCACAACUACUAUGGAGACGACUCCCUGCCAAGGAGCCAGCAAAGAGGGUCGAGGAAGACAUCUCCCUAUUUCAUAAGGUCUUACUCUUCGCCUACAAGAGAGGAGGCAAGAAGAUCUCAGCACUCGCAGGUCUUCUAUGGCGAUGACUCGGGGCCCGACCCCUACGACUCCUACAGGGUUUACCUGUCCUCUCCUCAGGGCUUCGACGACCCCUACCUGGACGAGCCUCCACUUCACUUGAGCGCCUACGCCACACAGCCCUCCUCACAGCACAAGCCUGUCACCAACUACGUGGACUUCUAUUCCUCUGCACGCCGGCCUUCCUACCGGGCCCAGCAGUACCCCUCCUCACCUGACUCAUGGGUGUAG